AUGCAAACUAGAAAUGCUUUUUCUUGGAUAAAGAAAGAGAUUACCCGAUCCAUUUCCGUAUUGCUCAUGAUAUAUAUAAUAACUCGAGCACCCAUUUCAAAUGCAUAUCCUAUUUUUGCCCAACAAGGUUAUGAAAAUCCUCGAGAAGCUACCGGCCGGAUUGUAUGUGCUAAUUGCCAUUUAGCUAAUAAGCCCGUAGAUAUUGAGGUUCCACAAGCGAUACUUCCCGAUACAGUAUUUGAAGCAGUUGUUCGAAUUCCUUAUGAUAUGCAAGUGAAACAAGUUCUUGCUAAUGGUAAAAAGGGGGCUUUGAAUGUGGGAGCUGUUCUUAUUUUACCAGAGGGUUUUGAAUUGGCCCCUCCUGAUCGUCUUUCGCCCGAGAUUAAAGAAAAGAUAGAUCCCGCUACUAAGAGAGAUGUUUACUUCUUAAAAUAUCCUAUAUACGUAGGCGGGAACAGGGGAAGGGGUCAGAUUUAUCCCGACGGAAGCAAGAGUAAUAAUAAUGUUUAUAAUGCUACAGCAACGGGUGUAGUAAACAAAAUAAUACGAAAAGAAAAAGGUGGAUACGAAAUAACGAUAGUAGAUGCAUCAGAUGGACGUGAAGUGAUUGAUAUUAUACCGCCAGGACCAGAACUUCUUGUUUCAGAGGGUGAAUCUAUCAAACUUGAUCAACCAUUAACGAGUAAUCCUAAUGUGGGUGGAUUUGGUCAGGGGGAUGCAGAAAUAGUGCUUCAAGAUCCGUUACGUGUCCAAGGUCUCUUGCUCUUCUUGGCAUCUAUUAUUUUGGCACAAAUUUUUUUGGUUCUUAAAAAGAAACAAUUUGAGAAGGUGCAAUUGUCUGAAAUGAAUUUUUAG